AUGUACAACAUCACCAGAGAGACGGUGCUCACCGAGACGAGCCACUGCAAACGCUCCCAGGAGGUCAAAGAGCUGAGUCUGGAGGAAUUUCGGCGCCUGAUGACGUACGGCGAGGUGUCGGUGGAGUCCGUCGCCUCGACAAUCCUGCCGUUCUUGAAUCUGGAAGAGGACGAUGUGUUCUUUGACCUUGGCUGCGGCACGGGCAAGAUUUUGGUGCAAGCGGCUCUUCAGACGCCGUGCAAGAGGGCAAUUGGCAUUGAGCUGAUGCAGAACCGCGUGUUAGAGGGACAAAAGGCGCUGGAGCGGCUGAAAGAGCGCGACGUCCCCGUUCUCCGCGGCAAACAGAUCGAGUUGCUACAGGGAGAUAUCCUCGAGCCGCCGGCUGAAGCCCGGUUGAUGGAUGCCACGGUGGUGUUUAUCAACAACGUAAUGUUCGGGCCGACCCUAAUGCUGAAAGUGCUGGCACUGCUGAAGGACAUGGCCAAUCUUCGGUGUGUCAUGACGCUCCGCAAGAUCUGCGAGCGUCACGGCCACGAGAAGUGCACGCGCGCCGGCAACUACUGUGUCGACUACGUCCACCCUCCAGAAGAAGCGGAUAUUGACGUGUCCUGGGCAGACAAAGCUCAAGUGUAUCGCUACGUCACCGUCGACUACGAUCUGAAAAUGAUGCGGAUGCGAUUGGCCUCCAUGGAGGCCGCCGCGCGCUUGUAG